UCAGUUCGAGCCCGUACUCUGGCCCAUUUCAGCCGCGGUGGCUCAUUUAAGCUACGGCGUUCGGCCUGUUGAAGGCGACAUCACGGGUUCCAUUGCUCACCACUGCAGGCGCAUUCCGAUGGAGGCAAAGCGCUCCUGCAAGCGCCUCGAUACCGAGCCCCUUUGACGAGCGUGUCGCGCCGCUGGGUCCGAGGCUGUGCGGAGGCACCAUGGGAUUGUCGUGGACGCACCUGUGGCUGCUCGUGUGGAAGUGCUACGUGAUCGUGGUGAAGCGCCACUGGGUCGCCUUCAUAAUGGAGCUGGUGGCGCCCGCCGCGGUGUCCCUGACGCUGGUGUUCUCGCGCCAGUACAUGGACUACUCUCGCGUGCGGAACGUGACGUACUUCGAGCCGUUCCCCGUGCAGAGGCUGCCGCCGCGCUUCCACGUGCCACCGCCCAGCGCUCCUCGCUGGUUGCUGCUCUACGCGCCGGACACCAACGCCACCGCAGCUGUGCUCGGGGCGAUGGCCGAAAAUUCCAACCCGCCUCUGAUGGUGCAAGGAUUCGAGACGGAGGAGGCUAUGGUAAACCACUACAUGGCCGCCAUGGCGCACCGGGACUCCAUCCUUGGAGGCGUCGUGUUCGUCGGCCUCAACCUGAACGCGAGUGGGACAUUGCCGCUGGACAUCAAUUUCAAGAUCCGACUCAAAGCGGCCCCUCGGAUGAGGCUGUCGCAGGCGGAGCCCUACCAGUCGUGGAGCACCGACAGCAACUUUCCCAUGUUGCCUUUGUUCUCGCCGCGUCAUCCUGAGACCAAGUUUGACGGUAGCCCAGGUUAUGUGGCCGAGGGCUUCCUGUACCUACAGCAGCAGGUGUUCAAGCACACACUCGAGUUCCUGCAGGCGCAGGAGCAGCACUACUCGGACGAGCCUCCCCCGGUCACGCACCUGCGGCUACAGCGGUUCCCGCUACCGCCGCACACAGUAGACAGCUUCUACUUUAUCGUCCACUACUUCCUGCCAAUCAUUGUGCUGCUCAGUUACAUCUAUCCCUCGCUGGCCGCCGUCCGUCAGGUCGGCUACGAGAAGGAGUCUGGCAUGAAGGACCUGCUUGAGAUGAUGGGCGUGAACCCCUGGCUAAAUUACGCGGCCUGGUUCUUAACCACGUUGGCCGUGAUGACUGCCAGCUCCGGGCUGCUGGUGAUCGUAGUCACGGCGCCGCUCUCGAGCCACGGGCCUGUGCUGCGCAACAGCGACCCGGUCGUCUUUUUCCUGCUACUUGUUGCGUAUUCGGCCAGCUCCACUUCGUUCUCAUUUUUCGUCGGAUCCUUCUUCAACAAAGCGAACACUUCGGUGGCGGCACUGGCCGUGGCUUACAUCACGACCUUCUCGCCCUUCCUGUUCUUCUUCUCGCUUAACGACGACCACACGCUUCCCACAUUGGUGGCCGGCUGUCUGCUUUGCAACACUGCACUGCCCGUGGGCAUCACCGUGACCACGUUACUCGAAGCGAGUGGUGACGGUAUCCAGUGGCACAACCUUGACGUGAACCCCAGCCCUGGUCAAGGCCUGUCGUUGAUGUCGGUAAUACUGCUGCUUGUCUUCGAUACAUUUAUGUACAUCGUGGUGCUCUGGUACGUCGAGGUGCUGGCCGCUAGUCAGCCGAGGAUCAGCUGGCGACUGUCUCUGGUAAAGCCUGAAGACCACGUCCCCACAGCCGCUGAGACCGAGAAACAAGAGAAUAUGCAAAAGGAAAACGCAGAAAUAUUCUUCGAAGAGUUUGCUUCCAAGGAGCCUGCUGGAGUUCGGCUCGUCAACCUCACUAAGGUGUACGGCAAGACUACGGUGGUGAGCAACAUAAACUUGGAGGCGUCCAAAGGGUACAUAACAGUUCUGCUCGGUCACAACGGCGCUGGCAAGACUACGACCAUGCGAAUGAUCACCGGACAGCUGACUCCUUCAAGUGGUUCGGUGUUCAUCGAGGACCAGGACGUGAGCGUGAAUAGCCGGGCGGCACACCAAGGUUUGGGCUUAUGUCCGCAGAACGACAUCCACUUCUUAGAGAUGACUGUCUUCGAGCACCUCUACUUCUUCUCCAGGCUGAAGAAGGUUCCGUACAGCGAUGUCCACGAGCAGACGUUCAACCUGCUCGUUCUGAUGAACAUGGUGUCCAAGACGGACACUUUCGCCAAGCACUUGUCCGGGGGCAUGAAACGGAAGCUGUCCAUAGCCAUGGCGCUCAUUGGACACUCCAAGGUGGUGAUCCUGGACGAGCCAACGGCUGGCAUGGACCCGGCUGCCCGGCGCGAUAUGUGGGACCUGCUCCUGUCGGAGAAGGCACAACGCACCAUACUGCUCACCACGCAUUCAAUGGAAGAGGCUGACGCCAUUGGGGAUCGCAUCGCCAUCAUGGCCAACGGCAUUAUCCAGUGCUGUGGCUCGCCCUUCUUCCUUAAGAAGAACCUUGGCGCAGGCUACCACAUGGCGAUUCUGAAGACGCCGAACUGCGACCCGCGCGCCGUGAUGGACGAGGUCGCGGCGUUCGCGCCGUCGGCCGAGCUCGAGAGCAACGUGGGCGCCGAGAUGGCGCUGCGCAUCGGGCGCGGCGACCAGCCGGUCUUCAAGCACCUCUUCAGCCACCUCGAGGAGAACAAGGAGAAGCUCGGCAUCGCCAGCUUCGGCGUCUCUGUCACCACGCUCGAAGAGGUCUUUCUUCGAGUUGGCGAUUACGCUGCCACAGCAAUGUCAAGACUUCGGAUGCCAGAGCCUGAUCAACUGCGCGACACUGAAGCCGACACGCUUCUGGGCGCGCUGCACUUCACGGACCCGCUGCGCCACGGAAGCCGGGGGGACAGCAGCGCCCCCCCGCGGCGCAACGGCGGCUCGCGGCUGCUGCUGCAGCAGACGUGGGGCCUGCUCGUGCUGCACUCGCUGCAUAGCCGGCGCAACUGGGCCUUCACGCUGUCGCAGCUGCUCGUGCCGGUGUUCGUGGUGGCCUACACGCUCACCUGGAUCGACAGCCUGCCCAAGGUGCACAAGCCGGGGCCCCGCGUGCUCGACGUGAACCAGGUUUUCGCCAGCGACGUGCCGUACGCCUUCCACGGAGGGGCGUCUGCCUCGCUGGCCAAGCAGUUCAAAAAGCAGUUCUCCAGCAAGGUGACUCCAAUACUGGUGGAGGCGGGAAGCGUGGAAAGCUACCUGGUGAACGCAUCCGUGCUAGAAGGCAACACCUUCCUGACGAGCACGCUGAUCGCGGCCAGCUUCGAAGACGAGGAACCAGGUAGCCGCGUUCGCUCGGCUAGGCUUCUGUUCAACAACCAGGUGUACCACACGCCGGCGCUCGCCAUGGCCGCCUACCAGAGGGCGCUGCUGCACGAGACGUUCGACAACGCGUCACUCAAGCUCACCGUGGUCAACCAUCCGUUCCCUCGGGUGGUCGAGGAGAAGGCCAACAAGCUUAUCACAAUGCACCGCGAGAGCUUCCAGAUAGGCCAGCAGACCAUCUUCGGCACCUCGUUCCUGAUCGCCAGUUUCUCGGUGUUCCUGGUGGUGGACCACGUGAGCAACUCGCGCCACCUGCAGCGCAUCUCGGGCCUCAACAUGAUCGCCUAUUGGGCGGCCUACGCCAUUUGGUCGCUGCUCCUCUACAUCUCAUCGUGCCUGCUCGUCAUGUCCACCUUCCGCCUCUUUAACACCCAGGGCUUCACCGAGCUGCGCGAGCGAGCGGUAAUGUUCCUGCUGUUCUUCUACUUCGGCAUCUCGUGGCUGCCCAUGAUCGCGGCGAUGUCGUUCUGCUUCCGCACCCACACGGCCGCCUACGUUCGUAUCGCCACAGUCUUCUUCGCUGCAGGCGUGUGCGGCCUGGUGUUGGUGGCGGUGCUCGAGUGGAGGGGCAAGCCCGGUUUAGAGCACGUGAUCGACACCGUGGACACGGCUUUCACGUACAUGCUGCCGAUGUACGCGCUGGGUCGAGCCUUCUGCAGCCUGUACCGCAACGCGCACUUCAACAUCGUCUGCAACGACUACUACACGCAAAACGUCCUCUGCGAGAUCGCGCCCAACCGGGCGCGCUAUUGCUGCAAGGACUACUGUCGUCAGAACGAGUGCAUCGACUGGCAGCCGGACUUGCUGUCGUGGGGAUCGCCGGGCAUCGCGCGCGCACUGCUGGCGUUCAUCCUGCACGCGCUGCUGGGACUGGCCGUGCUCUGCGCAUGCGAGGCGAAGGCCGGCUUCUUCACCGAGCGGCUCACCGUCAGCGGCUCGGCUAGACGCACGUCGGUCACACCUAACGAGCAGAUGCAGGAGGACGAUGACGUGGCCGAGGAGAAGGAGCGCGUGCUCUCUUCGAGCGUGUCGGAGCUGGCGAAACGCGACGUGCUGGUGCUGCGGCGGCUGUCGCGCGUCUACGGCUCGUUCUGCGCCGUGCACGAGCUCUCGUUCGGCGUGCGCAAGGGCGAAUGCUUUGGCCUGCUCGGCAUCAACGGCGCCGGCAAGACGACCACCUUCAACAUGCUCACCGCCACCAUCGGGCCUAGCGCUGGCGAGGCCUUCGUCGACGGCUAUUCGGUCACCAGUGAUACGAAGCAGGUUCGCCGGCGGAUCGGCUACUGCCCGCAAACGGACGCGCUGCCGGGCUUCCUGACAGGCCGCGAGGUGCUGACGCUGUACGCGCGCAUCCGGGGCAUACCCGAGAACCGCCUCGGGGUCGUGUGCCGCGCGCUCGCGCAGCUCUUCUACUUCACGCCCCACUUGGACAGCACACUGGACACCUACAGUGGAGGCAACAAGCGCAAGGUGAGCACAGCGGUGGCGUUCAUGGGCAGCCCGCAGCUGGUGAUUCUGGACGAGCCGUCCACCGGUAUGGACCCGGUGGCCAAGCGCUGCGUUUGGAACACGCUGCAGGAGCUCAUCGUCCGCGGCUGCAGCAUCAUUCUCACCUCCCAUAGCAUGGAGGAGUGCGAGGCCAUGUGCAGCCGGCUGGCGAUCAUGGUGAACGGCCGCCUGUGCUGCCUCGGCUCGCCGCAGCACCUCAAGAACAAGUUCGGCAGCGGCUACUCCAUCAUGAUCAAGGUGGCCGGCGCCAAGCCGUCGGCCACCUCGCUCACGUCGCACAGCUCGUUCAGCAGCAAGGACGAGUCGUUGGGCACCGAGGUGGACGGCGUCAAGAACUACAUGCAGGCGCGGUUGCCGGGCAUCGAGCUGAUCGGCGCCCACAACGGGCUGCUCGAGUUCCAUCUGUCGGCGCCUGACUUGAGCUGGGCCGAGGUGUUCGACGUCAUGGACCAGGCCAAGGGCGUCUUCAACGUGGCCGACUACUCGGUGGCGCAGCUCACGCUCGAGCAGGUCUUCCUGCACUUCGCCAUGCUCCAGCGGGAGGACAACAAGUGACGACGUCGAUGCGUGCCAUUGUGUCGCCUCAUGUGCAUUGGCUGCUUUCAAUAUCGAUCCGUGCACAUCCGUCUGCAGCCGCAAGUGUGCGUCGUGUCGCGAGCUCCUGUGGCUCGGGACAAUCGAGCCUCGAACGAGAUUGCAAUUUCCACAUGAUAAGUUCUACAGCAUUACAGUGCGGCUUUAUUUGUACAUUUUCAUACUUUUAUGGCUCGAGUGUACAUGACGGGUUGUAGCUUUGGCGUUGACAGGUGUUUUUUCUUUAGCUUCUUAUUAUUCUUUUCUUCUGUUUCUUCUAGAUUCGAAUUAUCCGAUUCUGUCGCUGCGCUCAAAGUGCCGAACAAUGAUAAAGGUGCGCACAUAUCUUAAGCGAAUUCUUGUACAUGUUUUGACGAUGUGAUAGCGCUGUCGAGACUUGCUCGACUCUUGUGUGUGACAACGAAAGAUCGGUCGGUGCCGCAGCAGCACAACGGCGGAAGCGUGCCACGGACAUGCGCCCGAAACCAACCUGGGAAUGUUUGCGCAUGUUGAACGCUUUCAGAGUACCAGCCAGGCCACACAUGCAGGCUUUGUGCGGCGCAUACGCAUACACGGUGUUUUCGGAACCGCUUGUCGUCAAACUGCCGUAACUGAAACGUCAUCCGCGUACGUUGGUUCCUGCUUGUGGCCCUCAACCAAAUGCACACACGUGCACUUGAUGCUGUGUACAUUGAUGCCGUGUUUUAUGGAAAAAGUGCGCGUAAUUCUCUGCAAGUAUUCGCACUUGUCUUUCAGUGCGAAAUGGAAGCAUCAUUCCUUCCGAGCCAUUCAUGAGGUGGGCAACCACUUCAGCUCCGGUUGUUCCGCUUCGGGUCUGUUCUUGCUACUUACGCUUUUUAUACGGUUUGCACAUAAAGCAGAACACGCUGUUCUGUGUUCUGCCUGGAUGUUCUGUCGCACAAAUAUUGAUGCAAAACACUGACAACCACGUGAGAGUUGCUGAUGUUAUGGUAAGCUUGUUUUGUAGUUUCGUUUGCCUUGAAACAAUGUCCGAUCUCAACUCCAACGAAUGAAUUCUUGUAGCCCGAUGGCGCGUUCUGCAAUUCUUGAAGGACGUCUCCCUGCGCGGCCUCGGGAGUUGUUUCCGCACGUUACCAGACCUCGAUGGUUAAUUGAAGCGUUUAUGGUUAAUUUAUUGUGCAUAAACAAUCCACUGCUACAACAUGCCGCGCCGGCCCAGCAUAACUGCUAGCGGUUUACACAGACCAGUUUUGCGCUUCUCGUAGCCUUUAAAAUGAUAAUGCAGUAACUUGGAAGGCAAAGCUAGGAUAGCUUGCACGCUGUGGCAUGAGAGAGUAACGGCCGCAAAAGUGCAGCUUGGCGUAAGGCCACAUCACCACGUUCGGGCCAAUCUCUUGCGGAAUGGCCCAACAGCGCAAGAACGAUGACUUGUAAGUCGCGAACCUUUAAACCGCUUGCAUUUUGUUCUUGCUUCGAUUAUUGCAUUUCCCUUCGCACCACCCAAAGAUGCGAUAGAAGUGCGCUUUCGAUCAAAGUGCGUGUUCUUGGGGCUACACGGCAUUCAUUCCACGAGAUCGAAAUAGCCUGAGCGUCGUAUCGUAGUGAUCUUGCUUAUGUCAUCUUUUACCAUACGAUUUGGCUGUAUGCCUUUGCCAGGUGUGUCAGACUGACGGUGCAUGUGUGCUGCAGAAAAAGAAGACAAUUCCCGGCGGUGAAUGUUCAGUCCAUUUCGUGAUCUAGGAAUAUAUGCAUUACCGCGAUACUUUCCUACAAUACUAGAGGAGACUGUAGCGCUAAGUGUCUACGAAAGCUGCGAGCGGGGGCUCCUAGCUUGACACGCAUGACGGCUACACGGUCACCAUUAUCCACUAUCAUUCAAAAACACGUGUCUGUUGGCAAUAACAAUAAAGAUUGACUUUUCGCUUCA